UAUCUGGGCAAACCAACCCAGGAGGAGAAAUCUCUGCUGGUUCCCGUAACAGCUUCCUAGGCUUGAUUGGUUGGCCAGCAGCAUGCGGACCCCGACCCCCAUGAUUGUGGGCAUUGUGCUCGGUCCCUGUGGCCUUGUCUUGAACCUGACAAGCACGCUGGCCCCCAGCUGGCGGGACGUGACUGGAUUCCUGGAAAAGCCAGUAGAUGUGAUUCAGCACCAGGGCAUCUGGGACAUUUGCAACGAGCGUCAGAGCAGCCACACCACUGAAUGCAACGUUGAAGACUCCCUUGGGUACUUUACCAAGCCGCCUGUGCAAGUGGCCAGAGGGCUCAUGCCCUCUUCUCUCGCAGUCACAGCCUUGGGGCUGGUCGUGACUUCCUUGGGUGUGCGAUGCUGGCAGGACCUGCCCCACUACCUGCUCGCGGGGCUAGGUGGCCUGGUGCUCUUCGUUUCUGGUUUGCUGAGUUUGAUUGCAGUCUCGUGGUACAAUUACGAAUUGUAUGACUUACCUUCUCCUCCUUCCACUAGCCUGCAGGUGGCCUAUUGCUUGGUUCUUGGAUACUUAGGGAGCUGCCUGGAAAUUAUUGGAGGCAUCUCACUUACUUUUAGCUUUGGCCAAUGCUGCAAAGAGUGCAGGCUAAAGAAAAGCACCAAGAAUUCCCGGUACGCAACCAGCAACCAGCAGAAACCAUCAAACGUUGGAGCCAUCUCCACCUCUAUCAGCAGCAAUGAAGUCCACAGGCAAUCUCAGAAUUCCAUGCCCAGAUACUACAGCAAUUCUCUGGACGUGCUGGAAGGGGAAUGGACCUGGAGCGAGAGCAGUAGUGAGAGCAAACCUCCCUGUGACACAGAUGUGUAGCCCUAAGCUUGGGAAUUCUCACACAGCCAGAGCAAGGAGGAAGACUCUUGGUGAAAUGCCCAGCCAGGAGUGUCCCUUUACCAAUUUACCUUUUUUCCUUCUCUCUGGAUCAAUGAAUGUAUCAAAGAACCACGGAGACUCUGGAGCAAUACAUGAUUUGUGCAUUUUCUCAGGAUGCUAGUAUAUUGCUUAGGCAACAUAUAUUAAUAUCACUGCACACAGAAAAAGUAGAAAUGGAAUGAGUCAUACCCUGGACCAGUUUGGGGAUGAAGUGGGCUAAGGAUACUCUCAAGUGAGCCAUCUGGUCAGUAAGUAAGAGCAGGAGUCAAAAAUACAUAUUCUAAGAUAUUGUAAAAGAUCUAAAUACAAACGUAAGCUGCAAGCAAGACACACUGAACUGAGCAGAGGCCCCCAUUAGGCUCAAAAACCCUGCUGCUGCGUAGCCAUGCAUCGGACUGUCCGGCUGAGGAUGAAGAACGGCUUUUACAGGAGCACUGCUUAGAGCUCCUAAGACUUUGCUUUUGCACUGUCAGCUGAAGGGACACUUAACAGAGAUUCCACACAACUUUUAAUACAAAGCCAUAAUCUCCUCCAUUAGUUAUCCCUCCAUGUGUUCAGGUACAGAGGGAAAGCUGCAGGGGGACCUAUGCACAUCUGUUUGAAUGUGUAUGCGUUCAUGUGGAGAAGGGGGGAUCACAGUCAGUUGCACAGAGAAGUCCAUAUAUG